CGCACAGCUGUGCCAGCGAAAGUGACACGACGACAGCCGAAACGUUGACGGUCGAGGAUUUGGAGCCAGGCAUUAGAUUUGUUUUGUAUUGUUUAACUAGUGCCUUCUGUUCGCAAUAUGUCAAACGCCAUUGACGAGCUGCAGGCAAUCAUUGCCGAGCUGAAGUCGGAGCUGGAGGAGCAAAAGACCUGCACACGCAAUGCUCGUGAACGGAUUGAGCGCAUGUCCGCGGAGGUCGUCGAUUCCAAUCCGUACAGCCGCCUUAUGGCGCUGCAGCGCAUGAACAUAGUGAAGGACUAUGAGCGCAUACGCGACAAGGCGGUAGCGAUUGUGGGCGUCGGUGGCGUUGGCAGUGUCACUGCCGACAUGUUGACACGCUGCGGCAUUGGCAAGCUGAUACUGUUCGACUACGACAAGGUGGAGCUGGCCAAUAUGAACCGAUUGUUCUUCACACCCGACCAGGCUGGCCUGUCUAAGGUGGAAGCAGCGGCGCGCACACUCAGCUUUAUCAAUCCAGAUGUGCGGAUCGAGACGCACAACUACAACAUAACCACCGUGGACAACUUUGACAAGUUCCUCAGCACAAUCUCCGAGAGCGGCAUGCAGCAGGGCCAGCCCGUUGAUUUGGUGCUCAGCUGCGUGGAUAACUUUGAGGCGCGCAUGGCCAUCAAUGCGGCCUGCAACGAGAACAAUCUGAACUGGUUUGAGUCUGGCGUAUCCGAAAACGCCGUGUCCGGCCACAUACAGUUUAUACGUCCAGGCGACACGGCCUGUUUUGCCUGUGCGCCGCCGCUGGUGGUCGCCGAGAACAUUGACGAGCGGACGCUGAAACGGGAGGGCGUCUGUGCCGCCUCGCUGCCCACCACGAUGGGCAUUACGGCGGGUUUGCUGGUGCAAAAUGCGCUCAAGUAUUUGCUUAAUUUUGGCGAGGUCUCCGACUAUUUGGGCUACAAUGCGCUGAACGACUUCUUUCCCAAGAUGACUCUCAAGCCGAAUACGCAGUGCGAUGAUCGGCAUUGUCUGCAGCGCCAGAAGGAGUUCCAGGAGCGACCGAAACCUGUGCUGCAACAGGUGGAGGAGGUAUCCGAUGAGCCGCUGCAUGCCAGCAACGACUGGGGCAUUGAGCUGGUGGCUGAUGAUGCGCCAGUCGCGGAACAGGCGCCCAAAGCUACAGACACUGCGAAUGUGGCAUCUGGACUCCGACUGGCUUACGAGGCGCCAGAAAAGGAGGCUGUAGACCAGGCGGGCCAUGCAGCUGCUGGUGACGGUAUGCCAGAGACGAGUCUGGAAGAUUUAAUGGCGCAAAUGAAGUCUAUGUAAGACUGCAAGACAAAUUCCAUACAACUCUGUUAUUUAUAAAUAUA